UAGCUGGGAGGCUAGGAAGUGCUACUAUUAGCUGGGAGGCUAGGAAGAGCUACUAUUAGCUGGGAAGCAAGGAAGAGCUACUAUUAGCUGGGAGGCAAGGAAGAGCUCCUAUUCGCUAGGAAGAGCUACUGUAACCUGGGGGGUAGGAGGAGCUACUACUAGCUAGGAAGAGGUACCUGGAGGAUAUGAAGUUCUUCUAUAAAGCUAGGAGGACAGGGAAGGCUACAAUUAGCUAGGAAGCGCUACUAUUAACUGGGAGGACAGGAAGCUAAGAAGAGCUUAAAAAAACAAAAAAAAAACCAGACCUGAAUCAGCUGUUCAGUUAAUUCUCCAUCUUUGUGACGUCCUACUUCCUGGUUCUCUCAGCUGAACAGCCAAUCAGAGAGCGUUUUGUUGAUGCUAGCGCCGGAGCGUCCCUAGUCUUAGACUCGUCCAGUUGGUGUUAAAAUCCCGCACUGGUUUCUCAGGAUGCUCCUGUAUGUUUUGCUGCCGGACUGCUGUAAACCCAGAGAUCUCCGGAGUGGGUCGGCUUCACCAGCGAGAUCUCACAGUUUCACUGUUCCUCAAAGAUCCACUUUACACCAGCGACGCCUGAAGUUGAUGAUUAGCCACUGGGGGGUAGUGGGGGGGGACCCCAGGGUGACGCCAGAACUCCCAACCACACUGAAGGAAGACAUGGGACAGGGUUUAGGUGAACUAAAGCUGUCCCAUGGAUGCAGCUCGAUUCUCAGUGGAGUCUGGUUGUGAUUUCUGGUGUCACUCUUCACUCUUCAGGGCACAGAGCAGCCGGGGGAGAAACCAAAGCUGUUGAUUGGUGUUUUAUUAAAAGUCUGAAAGUCUGGCAGAAAAACAUACGGUCGUCCUCCUGAGGCCACGGCAGGAGCUUCAUAGCGGAGAUGCAGCUGUUUGUGAAGCAGCUCGGCAGAAGGAUCACGGCUCGGGAACACGGCUCCAACAAGAAGCUGGCGGCUCAGUCGUGCGCUCUGUCUCUGGUGCGACAGCUGUAUCACCUGGGAGUCAUCGAGGCGUAUUCAGGAACCACCAAGAAGAAAGAGGGCGAAACUUUGGAGACGUUUGAGGUCAACGUUUCUCCGGAGCUGCAGCAGCAACUGGCCGCGGUGGUUCAGGAGCUGGGAGUCCACAUCCCCUCCCCGCCUUCAGACCCCAGCUGUCCGGUGUCUCUGGUCCAGGGGAAGAUUGUGUCCUUUGAGCCGUCCCAGCGUCAGACUGGAGCCGGAGUCAUCCCCUGGUCUCCCCCCCAGGUCAACUGGAACCCCUGGACCAGCAGCAACAUCGACGAGGGCCCGCUGGCCUACUGCAGCCCGGAGCAGAUCAGUCAAGACCUGCACAACGAGCUGAUGUACCAGCUGGACCACGACGACAACCUGCAGAAGGUGGUGAUGGAACGUGAUCAGCUGCCGGUCAAACACUUCGAGGAGGAGAUCAUGGCAGCGGUCAACUCCAACCCCGUGGUCAUCAUCAGAGGAGCGACGGGAUGCGGCAAAACCACACAGGUGCCCCAGUACAUCCUGGACCGCUUCAUCAAGGGGGGCCGGGCGUCUGACUGCAACAUCGUGGUCACCCAGCCCAGACGGAUCAGCGCCGUGUCCGUGGCCGAGAGAGUCGCCUACGAGAGGGGAGAGGAUCUGGGGAAAAGCUGCGGCUACAGCGUCCGCUUCGAGUCCGUCCUCCCUCGACCCCACGCCAGCGUCCUCUUCUGCACCGUCGGUGUUCUGCUGCGGAAGCUGGAGGCCGGAAUCAGAGGCAUCAGCCACGUCAUUGUUGACGAGAUCCAUGAGAGGGACAUCAACACGGACUUCCUCAUGGUGGUCCUCAGGGACGUGGUCCAGGCCUACCCCGAGGUCCGCGUCAUCCUCAUGUCGGCCACCAUCGACACCACCAUGUUCAGAGAGUACUUCUUCAACUGCCCCAUCAUCGAGGUGUUCGGUCGCACCUUCCCCGUCCAAGAGUAUUUCCUGGAGGACUGCAUCCAGAUGACCAACUUCGUGCCUCCACCGAUGGACAGAAAAAAGAAAGACAAGGACGAGGAGGGAGGAGACGAUGAUACCAACUGUAAUCUGAUCUGUGGUCCGGACUACGCGCCGGAGACCAAGCGCUCCAUGUCCCUGAUCAGCGAGAAGGAGACGUCCUUCGAGCUGGUGGAGGCUCUGCUCAGGUACAUCGAGACGCUGCAGGUGGCCGGCGCCGUCCUCGUCUUCCUGCCCGGCUGGAACCUCAUCUACUCCAUGCAGCGCCACCUGGAGACCAACCCGCACUUCGGAAGUAGCCGCUACCUCAUCCUGCCGCUCCACUCCCAGAUUCCUCGCGAGGAGCAGCGCCGCGUCUUUGAACCCGUUCCCGAAGACAUCAGGAAGGUGAUUCUGUCCACCAACAUCGCGGAGACGAGCAUCACCAUCAACGACGUGGUCUACGUCAUCGACUCCUGCAAGCAGAAGGUGAAGCUCUUCACGUCGCACAACAACAUGACCAACUACGCCACCGUCUGGGCCUCCAAGACCAACCUGGAGCAGAGGAAGGGCCGCGCCGGCCGAGUCCGGCCCGGGUUCUGCUUCCAUCUCUGCAGCCACGCUCGGUUCGACAGGCUGGAGACUCACAUGACCCCAGAGAUCUUCAGGACUCCUCUACACGAAGUCGCUCUGAGCAUCAAGCUGCUGAGACUCGGAGCCAUCGGACACUUCCUGUCCAAGGCCAUCGAGCCGCCGCCGCUGGACGCCGUCAUCGAGGCAGAGCACACGCUGAAAGAGCUGGACGCCCUCGACUCCAACGACGAGCUCACUCCUCUGGGUCGGAUUCUGGCUCGGCUGCCGAUCGAGCCUCGUCUGGGGAAGAUGAUGAUCAUGGGCUGCAUCUUCCAUGUCGGAGACGCCAUGUGCACCAUAUCGGCCGCCUCCUGCUUCCAGGAGCCGUUCAUCAACGAGGGCAAACGUCUCGGCUUCGUCCACAGGAACUUUGCCGGCAGCCGUUUCUCGGAUCACGUGGCGCUGCUGUCCGUCUUCCAGGCGUGGGACGACGUCAGGAUCAACGGUGAAGAGGCUGAAAGUCGCUUCUGUGAACACAAACGUCUCAACAUGUCCACCCUGAGGAUGACCUGGGAGGCCAAGGUCCAGCUGAAGGAGAUCCUGGUCAACUCGGGAUUCCCUGAAGAGUGUCUGAUGACGCAGAUGUUCAACGCGGUCGGACCCGACAACAACCUGGACGUGGUGGUGUCUCUGCUGACCUUCGGCCUCUACCCCAACGUCUGCUACCACAAAGAGAAGAGGAAGAUCCUGACCACCGAGGGGCGCAACGCCCUCAUCCACAAGUCCUCCGUCAACUGCCCCUUCAGCAGCCACGACAUGACCUACCCGUCCCCGUUCUUCGUCUUCAGCGAGAAGAUCCGAACCCGAGCGAUCUCGGCUAAAGGCAUGACGCUGGUCAGCCCUCUGCAGCUGCUGCUCUUCGCCUGCAAGAAGAUCAGCUCCGACGGAGACGUGGUGGAGCUGGACGACUGGAUCAAGCUCAGGCUCCCUCACGAGGCGGCGGGCGGCGUGGCGGCUCUACGGGCCGGACUGGAGGCGCUGGUGGUGGAGGUCACCAAGGACCCGGACUUCAUCAGCCAGAUGGACCAGAGCAACCAGAGGCUCCUCAACGUCAUCAGACACGUCUCCAAGCCAACGGCAGCAGGACUCAACAUGACGGCCAACCGGAGGAUGGGAGACGGACCUCGACCCCCGAAGAUGCCACGCUUUGAUGGAGGAGGAGGAGGAGGUGGAGGAGGUGGCUACCGAGGAGGAGGAGGAGGAGGGGGAGGGUACAGAGGUGGAGGAGGAUACGGAGGAGGAGGAGGAUACAGAGGAGGUGGUGGUUAUAGGGGAGGCGGGGGCUAUGGAGGUGGAGGAGGCUACAGGGGAGGAGGAGGAGGUUAUAGAGGAGGUGGAGGCUACGGAGGAGGGUAUGGAGGAGGAGGGGGAGGUUACAGAGGAGGAGGUUAUAGAGGAGGUGGUGGGUACGGGGGAGGAGGAGGAGGAGGAGGAGGAGGAGGGUACAGAGGAGGUUAUUAAGGAGGCGUCACCUCGUUCAGUUUAGUGCUUUAAUGUAAAUGUUUGAGACCUCGUCCUGAUUCCUCAUGACUCCUCCUGGCUCCUCAUGACUCCUCAUGACUCCUCAUGACUCCUCAUGACUCCUCCUGGCUCCUCAUGACUCCUCAUGACUCCUCAUGACUCCUCAUGACUCCUCCUGGCUCCUCAUGACUCCUCCUGGCUCCUCCUGACUCCUCCUGGCUCCUUGUGAUCUCAGUGUUAAUAAUAAACUCAUGAAAAUAAAUGGAACCCGUGUUUUAUUGUUUUUAUUGUUAAAAACUUUUCUUUCUAAUUAGUUUGUUCCACGUUUAACGUUUUUUUUUUAGUUCUUUUCAUGAGAAUCUUUAAAUGUCCAGUUAAUAAAAUGUGGAUUAAAAAAGA